GAAUCAUUGAAUCGUUUGAAACACACUUUCAGAUUAAAGUUAUUUUGAGAGCUUUGUGUCAACCCUAAAAUCCCCUCUCUUUCUCUUACUCCCUCGCGCUCCUUCAUCUCUAUAUUUUGCCAAUCGCGCUACUCUCUUGCUCACCGGUCCAAUUCUCGGGCUCCUCCCGAGCCGUUGUUCGAUUCAGUUUCACCUCUCUAGCCGUUCUUGACUUCUCUGCAACCCGAUGGCUCAAGGCAAGAUUGAUCUACCCGAAGAUCUCGCAUCCAAUCCCUCCGAUCAGACUCUGAACUCUAAAGGUAACUUUGAAGACAAGUCAUUGAUGGGAUUCCUUGAUGUGUCAAAGGAUCAAGCAGUACCUGAUAACAUCCCUUUGUCUCCCCAGUGGCUGUAUGCUAAGCCAACUGAUUCCAAAGCAGAUAUGCGUCCACCAAGUGCUCUUUCACUUGGAAGUUCUGGGGAUAUAAUUCAGAAGGAAAACAGACGAUUGGAUGCACCUGAUGAUAGAAAGGAUUGGAGGAGGGCCACAACAGAGAGUGAGAAUGGUCCACGUUGGCGUGAAGAAGAGAGGGAAACAAGCCUGCUUGGUCGAAGAGACCGCAGGAAAACAGAUCGACGUGUUGGUGAAAAUACUGCUGCCAGGGAAACAACUGAAGCUAGAUCAUUGCCUACCUCUGAUAAGUGGCAUGAGGCUGGUAAUCGAAAUAGUAGUACCGAAACACGCCGUGAUGCGAAGUGGACUUCUAGAUGGGGUCCUGAUGACAAAGAGAAGGAAGCUCGUACAGAGAAAAAAGUGGAUGGUGAGAAAGAAGAUGCACACAUUGAGAGUCAACCACUUGUCUCUAACCGGUCAGUUUCUGAACGGGAGUCGGAUGCACGGGACAAAUGGCGCCCACGCCAUAAAAUGGAAGGAAAUACUGUGGGAUCUGGCACAUACCGUGCUGCUCCUGGAUUUGGAAUUGAGAGAGGUCGUGGAGAGGGUUCAUAUGUUGGAUUCAUUGUAGGGCGUGGGCGAUCUAAUGGGUCAGUUCAGAGAACUUGUGGUGCAAUUGGUUCUGCAAAAUUUGAAAAGACCGAUAGCGUGCCCGGAAAACCAAGCACUGGAGCCAAUUCAUUUUGUUAUCCUAGGGGCAAGCUUCUUGACAUAUACCGCAGGCAAAAGAUUGUUGCAUCUUUUGAUAGUGUCCUUGACGAUAUGGAAGAAGCAUCUCCCAUCACUCAAGCAACUGCGAGCGAACCCUUAGCUUUUGUUGCUCCUGAUCCUGGAGAGCAGGAAAUUCUUAAUGAUAUAUGGAAGGGUAAGGUCAGUAGCAGUGGUGCAUCAUAUGCUUCAUCUCGAAAGGGAAAACCAGCUGACAGUAUUACAGAACCUGAAGAUGUUGAACAUGUGAGUGGAAAACCAGCCGUGAUUCUGACAGACGAGGCAGACAACACGGUGGAUCCUUUUCCCAAAAAUUCAAAAGAUAUUGAAGAAUCUGCUGCACAAAGCAUCUUUUCUAACAAAGGCCUUAAGACAUUUUCAUGUGAUAUAGAAGGAAAUUAUGAAGAUCUUGAAGCUAUUAGGACACAUGAGAAUAUGCCAGACGUAACUAGUGACAUGAUUGCCAGCUCAAAUGAUAUUGGUGUUUCUGAGCUUGAGUGCACACACUCCCGUAAAGCAACAUCAGCUUUUGAUGCCAGUUCUAGCCUUCCUGAUGAUUCUACAUCCAUAUUCUCUUCGGAUCUAAGCUUAGGAUUUUGCAAUGAUGAACACCGAUUUGGGAGGAUUAUCCCACCUGAAAAGUUAAGUUUGUACUAUCGUGAUCCUCAAGGUGCAAUCCAGGGCCCAUUUCUUGGGGUUGACAUUAUAUCAUGGUUUGAACAAGGGUUUUUUGGGACAGAUUUACCUGUUCGUUUGGAAGGUGCUUCAGAAAACUCUCCCUUUUUAGAAUUAGGCGAUGUAAUGCCACACCUAAGAGUUGGACAUGGGAAUCUUGGAGUUACUGGUCCUGUGUCUAGUUUCGAUCAAUCUGAAGAUGUGGUGGACCAGCUGGAAUCUAAUAUACAAGAUCCUGCCUCUUCUGUUAUUGGUUCAUCAGCUGCUAUUGAUGGCUUAAUGUGGAAGUCAUCAGACUUCGGUGGUCCAUAUGCCCAGCGUAUUCAACCAAGCAGAUCUGAUCACGGUUUUCAUCCAUCAGAAAUAUCAAACUCUCAGGAUGACUUCCAUGAUUUUGGCCAUUUUGCUGCUCAAGAUGAAGGAAUUGCUUUUCCAGGUAGACCUGGAAGUAGCAGCAAUCAGAUUUGCAAUGCAAUGAUGGCGAGUGAUCCUCCUAUUAACAUGAUAAACCACCCUUCAGCUCAGAUCGAAUCGUCUGAUCCUGGCUUGGAAAACCACAGAGAUAACAAUAAGUUGCAUCCAUUUGGCUUGCUAUGGUCUGAACUUGAGGGCCCUUAUACCAGGAACGAGAAUAGAGUCGGCCAGGCUCAAUAUAACCUCACACCCGGAUUGGGAUCCCAGUUUGGCACUUUGGCUGAAUCGUCAACUGGUGUUGUAGAUGCAUGGACGCCUAGCAACAUUCACAGGAAAAAUUCUCUUUCUGAUCUUAACUCCUACCAAGAUCCCAACCGAUUUGAUUUAGGAGAUAAGAUGGUGUCUCCGCAUCUCCAGCCACACAAUCUGAUGUCUUCCCAUAAUGUCCACUUGGAUGAUGGGACACUGGAAAGAGGGGUAUCUCAGAAUGUAAUGCACAAUCAAAUGUUACCCGAUUUAGAGCAGUUUAUGGCAAUCAAGAUGCAACAACGGCAGCUGCAACAGCAAAGGCAGCAGCAGCAGCGGCAGCUCCAGCUUCAACAAAUGCAGCAAAUUCAGCAACAACAACAAAUGCAGCAAAUUCAGCAACAACAAAUUCUCAUGAAGGAGCAACAGCAGUCUCAGGCUAGAAAGCUGCUACUUGAACAAUUUUUGCAGCGUGAAUCAAACCACGGGCAAUCACGUGUUGAUUCCUUUAGACCUGGGAAUACUAUAGAUCACGUGUUGAGAAACCAACUUUUAAGUGAACUACAACAGCAAUCCCAACAUCCGAGGCACACUGAUCCUUCCAUUGACCAUCUCAUUCAACAGGCAAGGUGCGGCCAAGUCCCACUUCACGGGCAUCAGAACAAUUUGUUGGAACUUUUAUCACAAGCUAAGCGUAGUCAGAUGCAUCCAUUGGAUCAUCAUCCCAUUCUCCAACAAGAACAGUUGCAUGGGAGGCCGUUGCCUACGGGAUUGAGGCGAAGAUUGGGAUUGGAAGAUGAAAGACAACUCUCUUCUGUUUGGCCACCAAUGGAUGAGAACAGUCAGCUUUUGAGAAAUCCAAGUGGCCAUCAUCGGUCCAGCUCUGGAUUCGGUGGGUUAGAUUUUCUUCAACAGCAACAGGUGAGACCCGAAGAUCAUCUUAGUCUUCUUGAGCGGAAUAUUUCGUUACAAGAUAGACUUCAGCAGGGCCAUUAUGAUCAAGGGUCAUUAUUGUCAUUUGAUCGAUCUAGGCCUUUGCCGGGUGGUGGUGGGAUGAAUAUGGACGUUUUAAAUGCAAUGGCUCGUGCACAUGACCUAGAUAUGCAGCAGGAGUCUAAUGCAAGAAUGAACUCUGUUGGUAAUAACAUGGGUGGGCCCGCUUCUGCUAGUGUCUUCUCUCAUCUCACUCACCAUCCUUUUCCUCUCAAUCAAUAUGAUGGUUCACACUCAGAUUCAGCCGAAGGACGUUGGUCUGACGGAAACACCAGUCAGUUACCUAUGGAAUGGAUGGAUACCCAAAUUCACCAAGCAAAUCGCAUUAGCGAGAGGCAAAUGCGAGAGGCGGAGGUUAAAAGGGUGGCUGCUGAAGAUUCCAGUUUAUGGAUGUCAGCUGCUGCGCAUGAUGAUAAUUCUAAGCGGUUACUUAUGGAACUGCUUCAUCAGAAAUCUGGCCAGCAAUCAUCAAUGGAGCAGUCAGUAGUUACCGGUGGAACUUUUACUUCGAACCAACCUUUUAGCAGUCUCUCUCAGCAAGGGCUGGAUCUUAACCAGUCUAUUGCUGUUGGGUCUUAUGGUUCAAAUUCAAGUGUCGCACGUCAGAGUUAUGUGUCAGAAGAAAUUGCUAACAGUCAAAAGCUGCCGUUCGCAUCUCAUUCUAGAACAUUAGGUGAUGAUGAUGCAUUUAUUUCUGGAAUCAAUGAUUUCUCCAAGGGCCAUCGAUUGGAUAUCCGAGAAGGUUUAGUUCAACAGACCGGUUUGCUCAGACUAGAUCGGGAUGAAAACCCGGCUGAUGUUCUCACACGGCGGGCUGGUCUUGUCACUGGAGGUAAUUUCCGGACUGAUGUUGCUGAGGACCGUGAAUCCAUUCCAGCAUUGAGACCAGAAAACAUUUUACUGAAACGCCCGCACGUGUCACCAAUCCAAGAAGGCUUAUCUGAUCUGAAUUCCAAUGCAACCUUAAACAGAAGCUAUUCAAAUACAAUGGCUUCAGAAGUUGCAAGGAAAGCAGAUGUGGAAAGCAACACCGCAGCAAACCAAGCAUCUGAUGUACAUGGGGGGAAGAAAGACGCAGCGCGUUUCAGGCGAAGUGUGUCUGGUAGCGAUGCAGACACGACAGAGACAUCAUUCAGUGACAUGCUCAAGAACAACAACGCUAGCGGCAAGAAGAUGGCGGCGGCGGCAGCCACCACACAGCAGGAGGUUGUUUCUUCAGAGUCGUCUGAGUCGGCCCAGGGCGGGGGUGCACGGAGCAACAAGAAGAAGGGGAAGAAAGGGAGACAGAUCGAUCCUGCCCUCUUAGGUUUCAAGGUCAUGAGUAAUCGAAUCUUGAUGGGCGAAAUACAACGCGUCGAGGAUUAGAUGAGAGAAAACAGGCCAACCAUUUCUUUCUUUCUUUUUUUUUUUCUUUGGAGUGUAUAGGUUUUGGCUUUGGCUUUUGUAAAGCAAUUGUUGGGACAGAAAACAUGUCCCUCUCAAUUUAGGUGGUGUGUGUCAGGAAGGGCUUCUUCAAAGAUGCACAUAUGUGUAGGGAUCUUCACAUGUCCACAUUUAUAUUCAUGUACAUUGUUAAAUAAAUAUGUUUUUUCCCC